UCGAGUACCACGAGUUACCAGUAUAACCAAUCCUAAGUUCAAAGUCCCAGGUCCCAAGUCCCAAGUCCCAAGUCCCAAGUCCCAAGUCCCAAGUCCAGUUCAGUCCAGUUCAGUCCAGUCCCCAGUUUCAAGUUCCCCAAACUCCCCAAACUCCAGCUCGGCGCCAUGGACUCUCGGCCCGCCAGCUAUCAGACAAGUGUCUUUCGCGCACAGCCGACCGAAGGAGUUCAACGCAAGAUUCAAAAGCGCAACCGUCCUCCUGUAUCAUGUCUACUUUGCCGUACACGCAAAGUAAAAUGCGACCGUCAGCAACCAUGUGAAAGGUGUGUCAAGAGCGGCGAGGCCAACUUUUGCGAGUAUGCGCCGCGUGCCUCUCGCAAGACCCGCGCCGAUUCGCGUCCGCAGGUAGAUGCCCGGGCGAGACAUGAGCCCAUGUCUCGUCCUGUCUUGCAAGUCCGUCUUCAGAAGCUUGAGGAAAUGGUAAACGGCCUAGUUUAUACAGCUCGGGGUCGGGAGCCUGCUCUUGACACACCCUCGAGCUCAGACCAACGGACGGACACUACUGAGACUCGCUCUGAUCUAGGCUCACCACCGAGCGUAGUUACGUCAGGCGGACCCCUUCUGCCUGCUGCACUUGGUGAGCAUAGCUAUGUCGGCGCUACUCACUGGGCUUCUAUUCUAGAAAGCAUUCACGACAUCCAAGGGAUUUUGGACAAUGAGUCGGACGAUGCCCCUACCCCUUCACCCCCACCACAGAAAGUGUGCUCAGCUGGUCUGGAUGUUCUCUUUGGCAAGCUACCACCUAUCACUCUGUCGCAAGCUGUUGCGCGGUUACCACCUCGAAGCAAAACGGAUGCACUCAUAUUAUUGUACUUUCGUCAUAAAUUCACCACAGCGCCAUAUAUCCAUACCACAAAAUUUCAAAGAGAGUACGAUGCAUUCUGGGAAGAUCCGUCUUCGGCUAGCCUUCUUUGGAUUAGCUGCCUGGCUUCCAUGCUCUGGGUUGCCGCAUCAAUCUCGAUAAUGAAGGGCGAAAGUGAUGAGUCUGAAGCAAGCAUGCCUGACAAUCUAAAUGCCCUAGCGACUGAGUGUUUGGUAUCCGGAGAUUACUUAUCUAGCAAACCCUACUGCAUCGAAGCGCUUCUCUUGCAUAGCUAUACAGAGUUACAGAAGAACAAGGAAAUCGACUCAAGCUUAUGGGCCAAGUUUGGACUGGUUGCCCGGCUUGCGCAACGUAUGGGAUAUCAUAGAGAUCCAAAAUAUCUCUCCAACGUCACACCGUUCGAGGGUGAGCUUCGUAGACGAGCUUUUUUCUUCAUCGAAGUAUUCGAUGUACUUUUCUCCUUUCAGCUUGGCAUGCCCCCGGUCAUUCGCGACGACGAAUGCGAUACCGAGUCGCCAAGUAAUUUAUAUGAUUCCGACUUUGACGAGAAUGUCAUGACGCUCCCUCCGCCACGACCCCCUACUGAGCCCACGUCUACUUUAUACCUGUGCUACAAAUCAAAAUUAUGCCGACUGUUGCGCCGAGUGAUUCGUUACGCGUUGUCGAUCCACCCUCCGCCGUACGAAGAAGUGCUGAAGUUAGACGAUGAACUACAUCAGUACCACGCUCAAGUUCCCGCUUCUUUACAAAUUAAGCCUGUCCGGUCAUAUAGCUUCACGGACCAGACAUACGACAUCAUGCAUCGCCUCAUGUUGGAAAUGAUGUUUCUAAAGAGUCUCUGUGUGCUGCACAGACCUUAUCUAAAUCGCGAGAAAGAUAAUCCUAAUUACGAUGGAUCACGGACGACUUGUCGGGAUGCUGCCCUCCGGAUCCUAGAUCUACACGCCGAGUACGAAGCGGAGAGCCGACCAGGGGGCCGGAUCUACGAGGAUAAAUAUAUGCUUUCGGCUCUAACGCUCCACGACUUUUUGAUCGCAUCAAUGAUAUUAUGUCUUGAUCUAACGGAGAAUCUACCGAGCAGUCCUACCGAUCGAUCAAGAAAGCUUAAGGCUCUGGGGACAUCUUACAAGAUGUGGUCCGAAAGGAGGCAUAGUUCCAAGGACGCAGCUCAUGCUACCCGAGUGGUUGGUGCUAUUCUUCGCAAGGUUUCGAUGCAAGAUCCUGCUACCGCUCGUUCACCCCCGCCCCCUCCUCCACCUCCAAAACCUGAGGUUCGGGAUGGCUCAUUGGCUAGUUUGCUUAACAAUGAUGUCCAGCCAGCGCCUUCGUCUACGUUGUUCGACUCUAUGAUACUCCCCAUAGACUUUUCCAUGGACUUCGUACCAUUAGAUACCGUGCUGAACAAUCACAGCUCGGUCGAUUGGGGCACUAUCGACCAAUUCCUUCUGGACAGGCCAGACAGCGGGUUUAGAACUACUAUGCCCUAAAAGUUUCACCAUCCGAAAAUUUAUUAUCACAUUUCCACGCCUGUGGUGAAUCAGCGAUCGAUCUACCACCUAUCUCGCCGUUAGUAGUAGAGCCAUGGAUUUGUAUGUUUGAUGUUGUACUCGUGUUGAGAAGAACGCAGGCGAAUGACGCGAACAUUGUUGUAUUUGUCAACCACCAUUAGAUUACCUGCUUCUUUUUUCUCUUGUUGUGUCUACCCUGUGUACCCUGUAUAGAUACUUGGCUUUGACCUAGACGCGAACUUUUCUAUUAUGCUCAUGCAUCGUUACGGGCGCCAUGGCGUCUGGUGGACUGAAAAGGUAGCAGGGGUGUUGUUUGUUUUGUUUUGUUUUGUUUUUUUAAAAAAUAUUUUGAAAGGAAGAUAGAUAUAUUUACCUCCUAUUAUCUAGGUACUAUCCAGGUAGAAAGGUGUAGGGAGGUAGCUAGUAGUCGGCAGGUGGCUCCUUAUAAUGGUAAUACUACCUACCUAGUAAUCCAUCCUCUACGUGGUUUUUAAUAAGAAAAAGAAAAUAGAAAGAAAUA